CUCGGCUCAUUGUUUUCUAUUAUAAAAUGUCUUACAGGUAAAGAAGCUUUCAGAAAUGACAGAAGGCCAACAAAUUUUGAUAAAAAGGUGUUAAUAUGGGCAGGACGCUUUAAAAAGGAGGAGGACAUACCCAAGCAUAUAUCGCUUGAGGUCCUGGACACAGCAAGGAACAUCGUCAGGAUAAAGGUUUGCUACAUCAUGAUUGCACUCACUGUGCUGGGCUGUUUGGCCAUGGUCAUCACAGGCAAAGAAGCUGCAAAAAAGGAUCAGACACUGCUGAGGAUGAACACAGAAAAGAAGGCUAAAUGGAGGGCUGAAGCAGAGAAAGAUCAGCUGGAAGCUGUUGGGAAGCCACAAUGA